AAACCCAGCAGAAUGUACACGGGACAUCCUGACGGAGUGCCAUCCAGAAAUAAUCACAGGUACACCGACCGCGGACACGUUCUGAUCAAAGGUGCAUUGGGCUCGCCUUUCUGUUUCCUAUAACCGUCGCACGCAUUGCCAGAGCCUGUAAAAUGUUCCGUGGUCGGACCCGCACACUUACGGAGCAGAGAGCAACCAAAGUGCCUAAGAGAUAAUUGCACUCCUUUUAGCAGCCGCAGCCAUGGAUGCGCACACAUCAGGACGAGGGCUCAGCUCCGAAGUCCUGAACCAGGCUGGAAAUGCUAAAAAUAUUGUUCCCCCUCCAGCAGCUGAGAUGUUGAGUGAAGACUGAGGCAACACAGGUAAGGAGAUCAAAUUAGAGUUCACAUCUCUCAGCUGUAACAGGCUUGUUAUCAGGGCCGGGGAGAGCUGGGGUGGGGGCGCCCAGGGGUCAGCCAGGAAUGCAAAUAGGAGCAGCAAGUUAGAAGGGGGCAAUCUUGAGCAGAAGAAAGAGAAGGCUUAUCUCCAGCAUCUAGCACCACAGCGCAGAGCCCGCGUGGAGAAUGGCUGCGAAAUCCGAAUUGGUUCUAGAGGCGGUUUCCUUUGUGGUCCUGCGUGUGAGCCCGGCAGGCGCCGUGGGCACUGUGGCAGGGGAGCGGGUCCGCACUCCGCACAUGUGUUUCCCAUUGAUAGCUGGAGACAGCCCAGUAGCUCCGAGCUGGCCUGACAAAGCCGUAUUGAAGCACAGACAGAGUACGGUUUCAAAGCAGUCAGAAAAAGAACGGGAAUGCUGUUCAGGAAAUUCUUCAGGCAUGGGCAGGGACUUGGCUGCAGUUCCACUUUUGGAAAAUCUGACUGGGGCAGCUUCUGAGCGCAGGCUGGGCCUGCUCACGCUCCGCGGGCCCCGAGGCCGCCGCCUCCUUCCCAGCCUCUCAGCACACACCCGGACUGAGGGCGAUUUCCAACAGCUGCUUGGGGAAGCAGACGAGAGAGAUGCCCCAGGAACAGUACGCACACCACCGGGGCGCCAUGCCCGGCUCCGAGGGGCCACAGGUGUACAAAGUGGGGAUUUAUGGCUGGCGGAAAAGAUGCCUGUAUUUCUUUGUCCUGCUCCUGAUGAUUUUAAUCCUGGUGAACUUGGCCAUGACCAUCUGGAUCCUCAAAGUCAUGAACUUCACAAUUGAUGGAAUGGGAAACUUGAGAAUCACGGAGAAAGGUCUAAAGCUAGAAGGAGACUCAGAAUUCUUGCAACCUCUCUACGCCAAAGAAAUCCAGUCCCGACCGGGUAACGCCCUGUACUUCAAAUCAGCCAGAAAUGUGACCGUGAACAUUCUCAAUGACCAGACUAAAGUGCUAACUCAGCUGAUAACAGGUCCAAAAGCUGUAGAAGCGUAUGGCCAAAAGUUUGAAGUAAAGACAGUUUCUGGGAAAUUGCUCUUCUCUGCCGAUAACAACGAAGUAGUGGUCGGAGCUGAGCGAUUACGAGUCUUAGGAGCAGAGGGCACCGUGUUCCCUAAAUCCAUAGAGACCCCUAACGUCAGGGCAGACCCCUUCAAGGAGCUAAGGUUGGAGUCCCCGACCCGGUCUCUGGUGAUGGAGGCCCCAAAGGGAGUAGAAAUAAAUGCAGAAGCCGGCAACAUGGAGGCCACCUGCAGAACAGAGCUGAGACUGGAGUCCAAAGAUGGAGAGAUUAAGUUAGAUGCUGCGAAAAUCAAACUACCUAGACUGCCUCACGGAUCCUACACGCCCACAGGAGCGAGGCAGAAGGUCUUCGAGAUCUGCGUCUGCGCCAACGGGAGAUUAUUCCUGUCCCAGGCAGGGACCGGUUCCACUUGUCAGAUAAACACAAGUGUCUGCCUUUGAGAGACUCUCUACAGAGGACACUGUCGGCAGUGGAAGGCCUUUUUCUGGCUUUAGACGCUGGCUGCCGGCUAUUUUUACUAGAACACAGAAAGCCUAUCAAAGACCUUGUGUGUGUGCGUGCGUGCGUGCGUUUACACGUGAGUGUGUUUGCGUGUGUGGGUGGAUAUAAAUAUAUAUAAAUAUAUAUAAAUAAAUAUAUAUAUCCUCUGUAUAAAAUGAGGUUUCAGUACAAAAGGAACCAUGGGUGACCCUGGAUAUCCGGUCAUUUCCAUCCCCACCCCACCACCACCUACAUGAUAAAAAUCAAAACACUAAUUCAGGCUCCGCAUUCCCUGGACCCUUCAAAAAUCACUCAGUGUCUCGGACACUUACCAAAAAUUCAUCUACACCUUUGAGUAACAGCAUAUCUCCUCUUUUAGUGUCAUUACAGGGCAGUGAUGGCGGGAAUCUCCAAGUCAUGCCCGAGUGCUGCAACCUUGAAACUAAAAACAGACCAUUGGGUUUCCUUUUGCAGCUUCAGUGAGGCUGACCACCUUCUCCCUCUUCACGUUGUGGGCGGGGCAGUUCAGCCAUACACGCUCGAAAUGGCUGUUCUUCCUUGUCAGUCAAAUGUCUGGGCGCUUGUGCAGUUGGGUGAGUGAGGAGGGUGAAUUUUAGCAAAGCAUGAACUUCUCACCCAAUUCCCGCUCUCUUCCUUCUUUCAAACUCGCAUGUUAUCCCCCAGUCAAAACCGGAGUUAUAAAUCAGCACAAAGCGGGAUAACAGCCACUCCUCUGUCGGCUGGAAGCUACUCAGUGACCUCACAGGCAAAGAGUAAAUGGGUAAUGUAUCUCUGUUUAAAGAGGAAAAAAGGCUCAAAGUCUGUUCUGUCCUCACUUCUGACUUAUUCAAUAGACUCCAACUCAGAAUAAUUGGAUCAGUCAAAAUUAACAAGAAGGGGACCCCUACCCCAAGAGGAGCCGUUUGGAGAUGAAAGUCGAAGAGUAGCUUCGGGAACCUAAUUAUUUUUAUAUGUUUCUUGGGAUUGGCAGGUAAUUUAGAGACAUGCCUUUUAUUUUUAAAGGCAUGCACACACCGACUUGCUCUGUUAUGAAUGUAGGGAUAUUCGUAUUCCUAAAUCCACCAUUAUGUUUUCUCCAAGAAAAACAGAUCUAAAGUACUACAUGCCUCCCCCCUAGACAUGCUCACUGAAACGUAACAUAAACUGAGUCAAGUAUCUUUAUCAGAAUCACUGUGUCCCCCCCACCCAGCAGCACCCACCCCACCCCCCACGUGUGGAAGGAAGCAGCUCUCUAAUUCCCGCCAUCAGCUACCACCCAUCACUCCGUCUUCAUCGUCAUGCUCCAGGGUCACCCUGGCCAGCUCUUGUGCUGGGACAGGGGAUUACACCAUCUCUGUUCAAAGAGGGGGAAAUGUGCCUAUGCCUUAAGUCAAUGCACUCAGCAAGGAGAAGCACAUCCUAUUUAUCUUGUCAUUUCCUGUAGUUUAUUUCGGGUGAUCGGAGGGGAAUGGUUCAGUGAUGACUGGGCGUCUCAACAGCAGGUCGGCCGGCCAAGUGGCUGCAGACGGGGAGCCCGAGGAGCACAGAACGGAGACACGCCUGGCACAGACAGUCCUCGAUGCCACUCAGCCGGGACUGGCCCCACGAUCCGAAAUGAAGUGGUCUUUAUAGGCCCGAAUGGCUUUUGUUUCUUGUUUUUAUUUUUUUCCUUCGACAAGGUUCUAAUUUGUUCUUAUUUCACAAGCAGGGUGAGAUUUGUCUUAGGAAAUUAAAAAAAGAAGAGGUUGGCUAUCUAUGAGCUGCCACUCAGGCGCUGGGCUGCGGUUUGUACACAUGGAGGUUAAAGCAAGCUGCGUGUGCUCAGUCCCUCGGACGUAGGGGGAGGAGGGGUGGUUCUGGUUGCACCACGGCCCUGCGGGCUUCCAGACCCCAGGCUCCCUCUAGUCCCUGCUGCUCAGCGCCCCCUAGAGAAGAAUUGGGUUGUUCAAGGGCAAGAUCAUGAGACUGCUUAGUUUAUUGCAGUUGGAUCAAAGCAAGAAAACUCCAAAAAGGUGUCAGGUUGCUGUGCAUCAGUAUUCCCUGUAUCCUGUAGGAUCACACAGCCGGAGUCUGCAUGUACCACACACGGGGCUCUGCCAGGCCAGGAGAGGCCCUCCCUGCGGCUGCGAGCGUGUCCCCCACGUCGUUCAGAUAAACAAGAGUGGCUGCAAGGUCCUUGGUGGCUGAAUACCAUGAUACACAGUUUUUUCCAACAGGCGCACCACCCUUCUCCACAAUCAACACAAUCCACAGGCGACAAGAACACAAAAGGUUCCUGAACCUCUUUCCUCUGAUUUGGGCCUAAUCAUUACCUGGAAGUUGGAGAUGAGCGCCUUGGGAAUUUCAUACCAGUAAAAAGACUGGUGUGAUCCCGCUUAGAAAAGUUUAUCCUAAAGGUAUUCAGAUCACAGAUAAAAUAGAAAUAAUGAUAGCAGCCAAGAAUAGAAACCAAGCACCUAUGGGGGACAGACAUGAUAUAAAGUCCCAAUUGUCAUUUGUGCUAAGUGAACAUAAUACACGAGGUGAUGAAUGAGCAGGAAAUCUGGCACGGAUUACAUUAUGUAUUUUGGUUUAGACUUUAGAAUUUGAUAAAAUGCAUUCUAAGUUCUUCAAUGUAUUUUUUUACUCCCUACUUCCUUCAACUAGAAUAUGCGUCCAUGGUCACGAGAGAAAGUUUUACCUGAAUUCUGGGGGGAGAAAUAUAUCUUUUACAUUAAAAUCUGAGAACCUUUAAUUUUUAAAAAUGAGAUUAUUUUCUAAUUUUUAUAAUGUCUUCCUGACAAUCACAGCCUUCAGUGCAGUGGGUGGCAUAAGAAACAAAUCAAGUGAAGUUGUAAUAUUCUUGAAGUUCUAGUAGGUUCAUAUUCUUCAGAAGAGUUUUAAAAAUGAAAAGUUGAUCUCCAGAGAGGCUUAGCACUAUGUCUGUUUAGCACCAGGUCAUAAAGGCUCAGCCUUGGGAAACUGGGAGCGUGUGAUAGAGGGUUUCAAAAGCCCUCUGGUGGCAUCUGUGUAGCUGGCAACUUGAUAGGAGGUGCUCUAAUUUUGUCACCCAAGGAAGAGAUCUUCCCAGCUUGAAUUGGUUUUCCUUUCUUUUACAUCAGUCUUCUUCCUCGGGCUCGUUUUGGUUGUCCGUCCCGCAACCGCAGACCAAAGAUUGCUUGAGGUUUGAUUCCAGAGCAGGGGUCAGCAAACUGUGGCCCCCUCAACCAAAUCUGGCUCAUCCGCUGUUUUUGUCAAUAAAGUUUUAUUGUAACACAGCCACAUCCGUUGAUUCGCAUGUUGUCUAUGGCCGAUUUCCUACUGUAACAGCAGGGUGGAGUAGCUGUGCCAGAGAUCCCAUGGCCCACAAUGCAUUAGACAGUUACUAAUUGGCCUUUACAGAAAAAGUUUGCUGACCCCUGAUGUAGAGGUCAUGUAUGGCAUGUGUUGGACACGGCAGCAAAGGAAGCAGACUUCACGGCAGCAUAGAGUAAGCCUACAUGUCCACGUGUGCUUGGAAACAUAAACACUUGGCUAUAGACAAGAGGUUAGCCUUAUACUGUGUAAAAAAAGAGGGGGGACCCACUUGUCUGAGAAGUGCAGGCUCGCAGGGAGGCUAGGGCUAUGGGGAAGAUGGAAAGGAAAGUUGUAAUCGUCCAAGAGUUUCUUUCCUUGGACCCUCAGUAAACAGGAGGGAGGCACCUCCCAUCUGUAGCUCGUGUGGCAAGACGUGAAGCAGGGUCCUGUGAUUUAACCUUAGAAUCUCCUCCCUGAGGAGACUGUUUCUGCGAUCUCUACCAAGAGGCUUCGCCUCACCUUCCCAUGUUCCCAACAGAUGCCCGUCCCCUGGCGAUGCCCAUCCAGACGAUGGUUUGACUUGGCAUUGCCACCGCAGUCACUCACCUCCGGCCUGCCUACUCCCCUCUGACCACCCCGGGUCCGAAGGGCUGGUGAGACCAACCAGUAAUUAGAAAUAUGGAAAAAUGCAUCUUGAAAUACAUAGGAAGGGGAAAAAAAAAUGGAGUACAAGUCUUCCAUGAAGCUGUUGCCAGACAGUAAUUCAGUUUGAUUUUUGGGUCCACGGACCUGGGCCCUGGUGCUUUGGUGUGGCAGGAGCCCAAAAAAGACGGUUCUGAACUCCGCAGCUGGGCCUGGGCGGUGAGGCGGGUUCCCACCAGAGGCUCGUCCCUUCCGUCAACACCCCUCCUGCCAACCCAGGGUUUACACUCCUAUCCAGUGUUGUCGGAAUAGCAAUCGGUAUGAGAGAGCCUCUGUAAACUGAGUAUCGUGUCAGAGAGGAAAGGUUCUUUUUUUUUUUUUCACCUCAGUGAAAACCACCACCAUUUACCAGACCCUAAUCAGCACCACCCAAGGGAUCCCUGAGCGUUUUAUCUGGAUUCAACCGAAAGGAAAUUCAGUUGGCAGCCCUGCCUGUCACAGGAGGAACUAGACAAGAAUGUCUUGCUUUUGUUUUUUUUAGGUAAACGGUAGCAUGCUACUUGGACAAAAGAGGUAAACAUAUUCACCUGAGCACCUGAACCUUAUUCUUCAGGCUCUGUGAAAGGUGAAAAGCUCGUUAGAGUAAGUUGUAAACGAGACCCAUUCUCUAGCCUUCUCCUGCGCCAGGGAAUCCGAGGCACAAAGAGGGUAACACGGCAGCCCCUGCGAUGACACAUUUGCAUGGUGCCCCAGCAGCAGGUUGCGGGGAAAGUUAAAAGAAACAACCUUAGAAAACAGGCCUUUUAUCUCCAAUAUAAAAUGUCUUUCUCUGGGCCUUUCAUCAUCUUCUCUUCGGUGGAAGGUCCCCCCACUUCCAGCAUAUUUCCAUUAAAAUAGUCAAAGCCGCUGCAUUGGGAUGUCAGAUGCAUUUCUUUCUUUGUGGUAAUCGGAAUUUAAAAUUAUACAGUUGCCUCUGAAUUUCUCAUUCACAAAGAGAAACCGCUGAUAAGAGAGAAAGCGGUCUGAAGCCUGCUGCUUCCGCCAGCACAGCCCACCACCCGCACGGGCACUUUCAAAAGCAAUGUGAUUUCUAUGGUUCUUAGAAGCUGUCUUCAUAAUGGAGUCCUUGAAAUUUCUCAAGGCAGAUCUGAAUGGCAAAGGGAAAAAUAAUCAUCGGUGGGAGGUCCUCGCUUUGCGUAUUGUCAGAGCACAAGUGUAAAAGAAAAUAGCCCAUUUGGGGUGACCCCUGCUCACAUAGACUAUUUUCUUUUGUUUUUACCUCGGUUCCUUUUAUAGAUACUGACAGGGUAGGAAAUUAGCAUCUUCCUUUGAGAGAAGAAAGCAAUUCGAGAAUACUGUGAGCCCUGGAUGGCACAGGAAGCCUGAUGUCUUAACAUAUUAGUGAUGUUAUCAAAUCCAUCAAAAAAAGUCUCAGACACACUGCCAACAAUGCUAACUCAACUCCAGCCCAGAAGGUGGUAAGACCAGUCCCACUUGCAUGAGGCUUGCCAGUGGAAUAGAACAAAGGAUGUGGAGGCAAGAACAGUGUAUAGGGUCCAAAUGCACCUGUGAUGGUAGGAAGCCAGAGAGGUGUCCCCAGAAUGUCUCUUCAGCCGCAUAGCCAGCCAGCCAGCCAGCCAGCCAGCCUCACUGGCGAGGGAGGGGAUUGCGUGUCUGCCCAGAGCAUUAGCUGAAGUUAGGUAAAUGGGACACACACGAGGCUGUCCACUUUGGGGGAAGAGAAGGAACCAUCUGUCUUCCCCAAACUCGAUUCUGCAUUCCUACUCCUCGACUUGUCUCGUGGUCCCUCUUCUUCCAAUGUCCUCACAGCCUAUUUCUGCAUUUAGGUCAUUCUGGUGAAAUGAGAGAUAACAUGGAUUUCAUAACGUGAGAAAUUCCAAGGGAAUCACUGAGGUUACGUCGGAGCAGAAUAGCAGAGAAUUGUCUUGGGGCAGGAAGAUGAUAUUUGUUGGCAAGGAAGCUGUUGGUGUUUCUUUAGCCCCCAUUUCAUCAAAUCCAUAGGGUUCUAGCGUUUUGAGGGUUGUACGUUCUUCGGAGAAUCAGAGCGCAGCUCUGGACCUCUCCCCAAAGAAAAGCAUGCCCUAGCAGUUUUGCAUAAAAUCAAAUAGGCCUUCUUGGACCCAAAACCAAAUCUAAGAUAUGACAAGAGUUGGAUUCUAUUUUCCGAUUACAGUGCUAAUUUUUCUAAAUGUUCAUCGAGCACUUAGUGUUUGACAUGCAUUCACCAUUUCAUCCUCAAAAUAAUCCUUUGAGGUGGAGUCUAACAUUGUUCCAAUACGCAGAGAUGGAAACUGAGGCUGAGAGACGUUAGGAAACUUGCCCGAAGCCACCAGCUAGAAAAUGGCAGAGCUGGAACGGGAACCCCCUCCAGACCACUGUGCUGUGAAGGCACCAGCGUGUCCAACUAUUUGUCAGGUGACGUGGAAGAAUGUCUCCUACCCACUUCUAGACUAGGCCAUGUCGGGGAGACGAAGCUAUACGUCUUACAUCUCCCAUCGUUCUGUAAUCUCUUGCCCAUGACAGCACCCGGUACGGGAGUGCAGGUGCAUGAGGUGAAAAUAUUAGGAGGUCAGUCUGGGUAGAAUCUGAGACCAAAAAGAGAAAAUCAGUUCGCUCUGUAUGUGGUCCUUGUUAAGUCAGGCUUCUUAUCCCUGCAAACUGGAAGACCCCUGGUUGUCAGCUUUACAUCUAACAGAAAAUUGUAAUGCUGCGCAGUCUCUGGGUGUGGCUGACCAAGUCAGCAUUUCCUCACACGCACAUCACCUUCCCCGGUUCCUCAGUCCAAAAGACAAGUGUCUUAUUUUAGGGGAGGUCUUUGACACCAUUUCGUUGUCGUGCUUCCCUACUUUUACUUGUAGCAAAACUCAAAAAAAAGAAUCAAAUAGAAGGGAGCUCAGUCUCUAUUACUGUGCCCGUUUCUCUGCGAGAAUACAGGACUAGCAAGAACUCGAUCCGCAGCCGCCAUUCAGUACCCAACCCGGCCGCCUGGGCUCCGCCAGUGGCCUUGGCCCUGCACCUCGUCAGUCCUCACAAGCAGGCCAUGCCCCUCCCCACGUGCAGGAACUUCUCACCAAAGCACUCAGGCUGGCACUUUCAAUUGAUCUGGGUUGGAAAAGGGACGAUUUGUCAACCCUUGUUUAAAUGGUGGCACCCUUUGACCCUGUACCCAUGCACUGUACAUGGGGUGUCCUGAAUUCAGCAAUGAACUUGAGGGCAUUCCAACUACUAAAGGAGAUGAGUACAUCUGAAGUUCUUUACAACUUGGUGGCUUUGGGCCACUUUCAACUUCUAAGCAAAAAGAUCGGGGUUUGAUCUGUAAGAAUUCAAAGACCUGAAAGCAUCCUGAAGCAUUAACUCAGCCAGUGACUAUCCGAACAGGUCAUCCACCAGUUUGCCCGUGGUAAGGCCCGGCUGUGGACCUGCCCUCGCCCAGAGCUGAUAGACCAAACGGGAAAGAGACGGGGGCUCAUCCUGCUUUUCUGUGCUUUUUCAGCAGCACGUAUCUGGCCCACUGGGUGGUGUGGACAGAGCUUGUCACUGCUCCUGACAGACCUAGUCCCAGUGCCAGCCAGGGUCCCGUAGAGCCCACCUGGCUCCGCUGCCUCCUAAAACUCCAGUAAAGGGACGAGCACAAAAGCAUCAGAGACCCUGUUUUAGGGUAAGUCAUCCAGGGGUUUUCUUUUAACGGUAUGUGCAUCCCAGUGGCCUGUCAGGAACGGGUACCUUGAAGGGGUCUCAUGGAACUACCACCUCCAGAGCCGGAGAUCAGGUUCCUUGGUAGAGAUGGCACCUGGCGAAGCAGAGGAAAGGGUCCACAAACCUAAAUUAACCUCAUUUGUGUCCAGUGCUUGGCUGAGGGGGUAACGGAGUUUUCCUUGCUACCUACCUCCCCAGUCAACGGUUUCUUUGUCUAAGGCCACAAAGAAGCAGACAUAGACCUCUCAAGGAGGUCAGACUGCAGAAGGGAAGGUAGAGGCCGUGCAUUGCUGUGCGGGUGAGACACACUCCUGGAGAAGCCAGAUUCUGGGGCUUUUAACAGAAAAGCUGAGGUCCUAGAAGUCCAAGUUGCUUGGAGAUUUUGAAAAAGGCACCCCAUUCCCAUAAAGUAAUUAAGUUCAGCCUUUGGAGUAUUUUUGGUUUGGUUUUUCUCCGGGUUUGGGUGUGGUGUAAGAAAGAGCUUAGUUAUGUUUUUCUUUUGAAUAACAUCAAUCCUUGCACACUCUAUGCAAAAAUUUUGUAAGCAUUGCAAUAAUGCUAUGAAUUACAAGGAACUAUUUUAACUAUUACACUUUCUGUAUAAAAAAAUUUGUAUUUAAUAUUAUUUCAA